AUGUUCAUUAACCGCUGAUUAUUUUCAACCAACCACAAAGACAUCGGAACCCUAUAUCUAAUAUUCGGGGCCUGAGCGGGUAUAGUAGGUACAGCCUUAAGUAUUCUCAUCCGAGCAGAGCUAGGCCAACCAGGAGCCCUACUAGGUGAUGACCAAAUCUACAACGUAAUCGUCACAGCCCAUGCAUUCGUAAUAAUUUUCUUUAUGGUAAUACCAAUAAUAAUUGGGGGGUUUGGAAACUGACUGGUCCCCCUAAUAAUUGGAGCACCAGACAUAGCAUUCCCACGAAUAAAUAACAUAAGUUUCUGACUUCUACCACCGUCAUUUCUCCUACUUCUAGCAUCAUCAAUAGUUGAAGCCGGGGCAGGAACAGGAUGAACUGUAUACCCCCCACUAGCAGGAAACUUAGCCCACGCUGGAGCAUCGGUAGACCUAACAAUCUUUUCACUACACCUAGCAGGAGUCUCAUCUAUCCUAGGAGCUAUUAACUUCAUCACCACAAUUAUUAACAUAAAACCACCAGCUAUAACACAAUAUCAAACCCCAUUGUUCGUAUGAUCCGUUCUUAUUACAGCUGUCCUACUACUUCUCUCACUACCAGUACUAGCUGCAGGCAUUACAAUACUUCUAACAGACCGAAAUCUAAACACAACCUUUUUUGACCCUGCUGGAGGAGGAGACCCAAUCCUCUACCAACACUUAUUCUGAUUCUUCGGACACCCAGAAGUCUAUAUUCUUAUCCUACCGGGCUUCGGAAUCAUUUCACACAUUGUCACAUACUACUCAGGAAAAAAAGAACCAUUCGGCUAUAUAGGAAUAGUAUGAGCAAUAAUGUCGAUUGGGUUUCUAGGAUUUAUUGUAUGAGCCCACCAUAUAUUUACAGUAGGACUAGACGUGGACACCCGAGCAUACUUCACAUCUGCCACCAUAAUCAUCGCCAUUCCAACCGGGGUAAAAGUAUUUAGCUGACUAGCAACACUCCACGGGGGUAAUAUUAAGUGAUCCCCAGCUAUGCUAUGAGCAUUGGGAUUUAUUUUCCUAUUUACAGUAGGCGGACUUACGGGAAUUGUACUGUCAAACUCAUCCCUAGAUAUUGUCCUCCAUGACACCUACUAUGUAGUAGCCCACUUCCACUAUGUAUUAUCAAUAGGAGCAGUAUUUGCAAUCAUAGCAGGGUUUGUCCACUGAUUCCCACUAUUCUCGGGUUACACUCUUGAUGACACAUGAGCAAAAGCCCACUUUGCCAUCAUAUUUGUAGGAGUAAAUUUAACAUUCUUCCCACAACAUUUCUUAGGCCUAUCAGGUAUGCCACGACGAUACUCAGAUUACCCAGACGCUUACACAACAUGAAACACAGUAUCAUCCAUAGGAUCUUUCAUCUCACUAACCGCCGUACUAGUAAUAAUUUUUAUGAUCUGAGAGGCUUUCGCCUCUAAACGAGAAGUCCUAACAGUGGAACACACAUCCACCAAUCUUGAAUGACUCCACGGGUGUCCUCCACCAUACCACACAUUUGAGGAACCAACAUUUGUUAAAGUAAAAUAA